GGUAGACAAUCAGUUACCUGGAUAAGGUAACUUUCAGAGUUCAGCAUUUCUAAACUCUCACUCAGAGAAGGAUCUUCUUUAUCCAACACCAAGCAUGGCCCUAAAGCAAGUUUUCCUGAAGAAAAAGAAAGUCAUCAUUAUAGGUGUUGUAGCAGUUGCUAUAGUAACCAUCAUCUUGGGACUGGGACUAGGAUUGGGGCUUCAGUUGGAGGACUGUCAGAAAAAGGUUGUCCACACUUCCUGUAAGAACCGUUGCUAUGAACCUUUGGAUGAGGAGGAGAUGGCUGGUUGUCGGUGUGACCAGCAGUGCCACAAUAGUAACAGCUGUUGCUAUGACUUCCAAGACAUCUGCCUCCAGCCAGCCCAACAAUGGGAAUGCAGCAAGCUGCGGUGCGGGGAGAAGAGGUUGGCAGAGACCAACUGCCACUGCUCGGAUGACUGCAUGAGUGCAGGAGAUUGCUGCACCAACUUUCAAAGUGUCUGCCAUGGUGAAAAACCAUGGGUGGAAGAUGAGUGUCCUGACAUGGCCCAGCACAGCUGCCCUGCAGGUUUCAAAAAGCAGCCACUGCUCCUUAUUUCCAUAGACGGACUCAGAGCAGAAUAUCUCCAAACUUGGGCCUCCCUGAUUCCAGUUCUGGAUAAAAUGAAGCAAUGUGGCAUCUCAGCACCGUUCAUGCAGGCUGUGUUUCCCAGCAAGACUUUCCCUAAUCACUACACCAUUGCAACAGGUCUGUAUGCUGAAUCCCAUGGUCUAGUGGAUAACAGCAUGUAUGAUCCUGUGUUUGAUGCGUCGUUCAGCUUGUCCAACACGGAGAAGGACAACCCUCGAUGGUACCUGGGUCAGCCGAUCUGGCACACAGCCAUGUAUCAAGGACUGAAAGCUGGAACAUUCUUUUGGCCUGGGUCUGAUGUCAAAAUCAACGGAAGUUAUCCCAACAUACAUGUACCAUAUGACGGCAAAGUGCCUUUUGAGAAAAGAGUCUUUACUGUUCUGAAGUGGUUGCGUUUACCAGAGCAUGAGAGGCCCGAUUUCUACACCCUGUACUUGGAAGAGCCAGACAAAUCAGGGCACAGUUACGGUCCAGUCAGUGGAGGGCUCAUCACAGCCAUCCAAGGGGUAGACAAGAUCAUCGGUCAACUGAUGGAUGGCCUGAAAAUGCUGAAAAUGACUCAGUGUAUCAACAUCAUCAUCGUAGCUGAUCAUGGAAUGGAAGAUAUCAGCUGUGACAGAAAGGAGGUGCUUCAAGACAUGAUUGGUGACAUCAGUGACUUCUAUGUCAGCGAAGGCCCGUUUGGGAGAAUUAGACCAAAGAACAAAGAUCUGCCCUUUGACUCAGCCAGGCUUGUGGCUAACAUGACAUGCAGGAAACCCAAUCAGAAGAUCAAGCCAUACCUAAAGGCUCAUCUGCCAAAGCGCUUUCACUUUGCCAACAGCAGACGUAUUGAGGAUGUCACUGUGAUGGUUGAACCUAAAUGGCUUUUUGAAAGGUAUCCAGGGUCCGUGUCCUUUUGUUCCGGUGGAGCUCAUGGAUAUGACAAUGAUGUUUACAGCAUGCAGGCCAUGUUUCUCAGUUACGGGCCCAAGUUCCUCUCCCAAACAGAAGUGGAGCCAUUCUCCAACGUUGAGUUGUACAACCUCAUGUGUGAUGUGAUGGAAAUCUCACCGGUGAAAAACAAUGGCACCCAUGGCAGCAUGAACCACCUCCUCCGGAGGCCCUGGUUCACCCCACAGCACCCAGCGGAGCAGACAGGCCCUGGCCAGUGCCCUCUCCUGACCCUCAACCCUGGUGAUGAUCUUGGCUGUGCAUGCCCCGCACCGGGUGUGUCCAACCCCAACUCUCGCCUGAAUCUGACAGCUAGUCAAGUAUCGGUCACCGAGAAGCAGCACAUGCCCUUUGGGAGGCCAAGACUGCUGCAGUCUGGUGUAAACUACUGCCUCCUCCACCACGAGGGCUUCAUUAAUGGCUACAGCAAUGCAAGUCUGAUGCCCAUGUGGAGCUCAUACACAGUUGAAAAACCUGCAAGUGAAGACCCUCUUCCAGGAGUCAUAGCAGACUGCUUGAGAGCUGAUGUUAGACUUGCAGCAAACCAGAGUGCCAGAUGUGAUGAAUAUUCUGCUGCUGGCAACAUCAUCCCUGCCUUCCUCUACCCACCCAAUCUGAACGAGUCUGCUGAUGGACAGUAUGACGCACUAACCAUGAGCAAUGUGGUGCCCAUGUAUCAUCAGUUUAAAAGAAUAUGGGACCACUUCCAGGUUGUCUUGCUGAGGAAAUAUGCCUUGCAGUACAAUGGAUUGAAUGUGGUCACUGGUCCUGUGUUUGAUUAUAAUUAUGAUGGGCUAUAUGACUCGGCUGACCAGAUCCAAAUAUAUCUCUCAGGUACACGGAUACCUGUCCCCACACACUACUUCAUAGUUCUCACAAGCUGCAAGAACUCCUCUGAGCCUGUGCUGAGCUGUAAAGAGGAACUCCAGACGGUCUCCUUUCUGGUGCCUCACCGGCUAGACAACUCAGAGUCCUGCAGUAGCUUACAACUUGAAUCCGCGUGGGUCGAGGACUUGAUGUGGUUUCACCAAUCACGGGUGAGAGAUGUGGAACUGAUAACCGGACUAGACUUUUAUCAAGACAGCAGCCGGCCAAUCCCAGAGCUCCUACGAGUCAAGACCCGCCCCACUGCAGCCAUUCACAGAAAGAUCUGAAGACACACACACAUACACGUACAGGUUCACAUCGGUGAAAUGUGUGGUCAUGCUGUAGAAUACUGGGGACAUUGCAACCAUAUGUAACUAAUGUCACUGGUUUAGCUUGAUUGUGAGUGACCUGCAAGUGAGUAAUAUAGUAAAUAGUGCUGUCAAACGAUUGAAAUAUUUAAUCGCGAUUAUUCGCAUUUAUGUCAUAGUUAACUUAAAAUGAAUCGC